AUGUCGACUCCACCUGUGCUAGCGCGUAGUAUGGGGAACUGCAGCGAGUACAGCCCUGAAUGCAUCGGGCAAGGCCAAAAAAUACUUUUCUACACGGCAAUGCCUUUGAUAGUUUUUGGGAUGGCUGGCCACUUGUCUUGUACCACCAUUUUCUACGACGAGCAACUCAGCAGGGGAGGAAAUCAGGGCAAUAACGAUGGAGGAUCAAAAGUGUUUACCAAGUUCUUUUAUGACGUUGCAAACAUUAUCGUCCCUUCCGUUGCAGUCUUAGGGCUCCCCUACGUUAAUCCGUGGUCCCUACGGUUCGGUAUUCCGGCCAUAUGUGCUCUUGUCGCCACUUUCCUAUUUUCGACUACCUUGCGUCGUCUGAACAAGUACAAUUUAAAGCCGAAGGGAAGCCCUGUGACGAUAUUCAUCCGAGUGUUUGUGGCCGCUGUUUCCAAGUUGCUUUAUACAAUCCCCACGGAUGCUAAUGAACUAUUUGAGGUCCGGAAUUCUCAACUUGCUCUGCUCCCCCAUUCGGGGAGCCUCAGGUGUUUGGACAAGGCGGCAAUCGUAAUACCUACAAAACCUCUGGAAGAACAAGAAAAUAAUGCGUGGGGGCUUUGCAGGGUGACAGAAGUGGAGGAGACGAAAACCAUCGUAUGCAUGAUUCCUGUAUGGAUGACUUUCAUCUUUUGCGGUGUUGUAACAGCAUUAGUAUUCACGUACUUCAUCGAGCAAUUAAACCACAUGAACCCGAAAGUCGGGCGCCUCAAGGUUCCCAUUGUAGCCUUCCUUUGGUUACACCAGCAAAUCACAAAAAAAUGUGCCAACUUUUGUACUCGCCUUUAUCAUUCAAUAGGCGUCCGCAAACCAGGGUCGGAAAAGAUAGCUCCUACAAUGGGGAUUGCGGUAUCGAUGAUACUCGCGAUACUUUGCUGCAUAACUGCCGCUAAAGUGGAGAACCGAAGGCUUGGGGUUGCCCGAAGGCACGGUUUAGUCGAUAAGCACGACGAAAGAUUGCCUAUGACCAUGUUUUGGUUGCUUCCGCAGUUUGUUUUACUCGGGGCGUCUGACGGGGUUUUAAUCUCAAGCGGCUAUUACUUCUUCACCGACGACCAAGCGCCAUUUGCGAUGCAGAGGUACUUGCCCCUUUACAAUAGAUUUGUUUCGGGUGUCGGGAUUCUCACGAGCAUUUUGACGGUGUUUGUCGUGGGGAGGAUAAGCGAAAAGGGAGGGAAGACCAACUGGUUUCAACACAGCAUUAAUGCAAGUAGAGUUGAUAAGUACUAUUGGACAUUGGCUUGGUUGAUGGGUGUCAAUCUCGUAAUAUUUGUAGUCGUGGCGGUACUUUAUCGGUACAAGGAAUCGAAAUUGAAAAGAGAAGAACCGCGUACACGUAGUCGUGUGACUAAUAAUGCACUCCACUGCGGUCAUUCAACUUCAACCUCAAACUGGACCUGCAACAUCACCUGCAACUGCUGCUGCUGGAAUUUUGAAUAUAAUUCUUGA